AUGGAUCUCUCAAACCCCACCAUCCACCUUACACCUCUCGAAAGCACCCUGCGAACUCUCCUCCUCGAUGUCGCAGCAUACAUCCAAAAAGAGGGUAUUACCGAGGAAGGCAGUGAUGACAGGAAGCAUCCGGAAACCGUCCUACGCUUCACAGGUGGCUGGGUGCGCGACAAGCUGCUCGGCGUGGACAGCCAUGACAUCGAUGUGGGGAUCAGCAGCAUGACAGGGUACCAGUUCGGAAUGGCCCUGAAGGACUACUUGGAUGUUCCCGACAACUUGGAGAAAUACAAGCAGAGCCUCCCCAGUGAAGAAAUGAGCGAGGCCAUCGUGAGCUUGCACAAGAUCGAUGCCAACCCGGAGAAGUCCAAGCACCUGGAGACCGUGACGACAAAGAUUUUCGGAUUGGACAUUGAUUUGGUCAACCUGCGCAAAGAAACAUACUCGGAAGAUAGCCGGAACCCACAAAUGGAGUUUGGAACAGCUGAAGAGGACGCCUUGCGACGAGACGCCACCAUCAAUGCACUUUUCUACAACUUGAACGAGUCAAAACUGGAAGACCUCACUAAGCGCGGCCUGGAUGAUAUGAAGAUGCACAUUAUUCGAACCCCGCUUGAACCAUAUCAAACUUUCAAAGACGACCCUCUCCGUGUACUGCGGUUAAUCCGCUUCGCGAGCAGGUUGGGCUAUCAAAUCGACCAAGAAACGGAAUCGGCGAUGCAGAACGAAGACAUCAGCAUUGCAUUGAAACUCAAGAUUAGCAAAGAGCGGGUCUUCACAGAGUUGGAUAAGAUGCUUCACGGUGAGUGUAUUUGCAGGAUUCCAAUGAUCGGCUCCACUAACAUUGUUGUAGGUCCUGAUCCACACGGAGCUUUGAAAUUCAUCGAUCGACUCGGCCUAUACCCCACGAUCUUUGCCAACCACCAAGAUGAAGUCACGGCAGAUACAUCGACUUGGCCUCUCGCCUAUAAUGCGCUCGCACGAUUGUUGCAACCUGAAUCCACCGAGACCGCUUUGGCACGUGUCCGUCAGAUUCUUCUGCAUGACAAGCCUAGCCUUUACAGCGCCUGGAUGAUUGCAGCAUUCGCACCUUGGACAUCUGUUCCUGCUCGAGGGAAAGGUACUGAAAAGAGACCCCCGCCCACACGCCCUGUCGAAGUUGGCAGGGACAGUCUCAAAGCCGAUAAUAAGACCCUCCUCAUACUCCGUGAUGCGACCUUGCAUUUCCAGGACGUCAACAAGUGUAAGGAAUCGUUGCUUGGUAACACUAUCCAAGCCACACCAGCCGAAAUCCGCCAGCAGAUCGGGCUCCGAAUUCGGUCUUGGGGCAAGGAUUGGAGACUUUGUGUCGUCUUGGCCAUACUUCAAGAGGUCAUGAGAGGACGGGAUCUCACCGAUGGUACGAUACCUUCACCCGUUGUCCCUAUUGGACUAUGCGAUACUGACCAUAUGUUUCUAGUGGCCCAUGAGUAUGACCAAUUCCUGGCAUACAUAGUAGAGAAGGACUUAGAUAGCGUCUGUGACCUCAAACCCAUUGUAAACGGAGAAGAUAUUAUGCAGCAUCUGGGGGCGAAAAAGGGGCCCUGGAUGAGCAAAGCGACCAGCCUCGUGGUGGAAUGGCAGUUGUUGCAUCCUGAAAUCACCGACAAAAUGGCGGUCCUGAAGGAGAUUUCGGAACGCCGCGCAGAGUUGGGGUUGUGA